AUGACGUGCGUGCAGAUGAAAGAGUUUAAGAAAGAGCAGGAAGAAUCAUCAUCGCCACGCGCAUCCCUUCCCCCACCAGCUCCUACUCCUACUCCUGCUCCAGAUAAUAAUCCCGACAAUACUAUCACUCAAGAGUCAAGGGGAGUGCGCAACAAGAAAGAUCCAUCGAAUUCAAAAACCAGAAGAUCCAGAAGGAACCCUUCAAGGGACUCCUCCGACGGCAGCCUCAACUCCGACGAACUGCCAUCUACCGCCGCCGCCGCCGACCGGAGCCUCCCCGCCAAGACUAAGACGGCCACUCAGCGGAAGAAGAACACCAGAUCAUCAGAAUCUGCUUCUGCUUCCGGCGGCGGCGCCGCUACUCGCUCCUCCAGAUCAUCGAAGCCCAAACUACCCCCCGCCGCCGAAUGA